UAAUCAACUUUUUUGAAAAAGAAAAUAUAAAAAUAGUUUUCUUGCGCAAAGGGAAAACAACGGAGAGAAAAUUUCUGAUAUUAAAACCAAAACACACAAGCACUUUUUCUUUUCUUUUUCAGCAAAGCAAUUCAAAUCUUAUUGCACAAGUAUUCACUCUCGCAUUCUUUGAAGUUCUUCAGUUGAAAAUUCAAACAAUGGACUCUGUAACAGAAUCUCAACGAACUCAGACCCCGUAUGUGACUGGAUCAUCUGUGAUUGCAAUCAAAUACAAAGAUGGGAUUCUCAUGGCUGCUGAUAUGGGAGGUUCCUAUGGGUCUACCCUGCGAUACAAGAGUGUUGAGCGGUUGAAGACUGUUGGGAAACAUUCCAUUAUUGGUGCCAGUGGAGAAAUAAGUGAUUUUCAAGAGAUUCAACGUUACCUCAACGAGCUUAUUCUCAAUGACAAUAUGUGGGAUGAUGCGAAUUCUCUAGGGCCUAAGGAGGUGCACAACUAUUUAACUCGGGUGAUGUAUAAUAGGCGUAACAAGUUCGACCCUUUGUUGAACUCCCUUGUACUCGGUGGUGUGAAGAAUGGUCGAAAGUACCUUGGCGUGGUGAACAACAUUGGAAUUAGUUUUGAAGAUAAUCAGAUAACUACUGGGCUAGGAAAUCAUCUUGCUAUGCCCGAGCUCCGUAAAGAGUGGCAUGAAAAUUUGAGCUUUGAGGAAGGUGUCAAGUUACUGGAAAAAUGCAUGCGUACGCUUUUAUAUCGCGAUAGGUCCGCUGUCAACAAAAUACAGAUGGCUAGAAUGACUGAAGAAGGUGUAACUAUGUUCCCACCAUACUCAUUAACAACAUACUGGGAACUCUCUGCUUUCAAAAAUCCCACAGCCGGCGCCGAAGGUUCGUGGUAACUCUGUUUGGAUAUGAAAUCAAAUGAAAUUGAAAUAUUAAACGAUAUAAGAAACGACUUCAAACUCUUGGAGAUUACUGUAUUACUUUGUAGUGUUUUUUUACAGAAAAAAUCUACCUAGGCUGUAAUUUCAUUUAGUUUAGUCUUGAGUGAUACUGAUAGUCAUCAUUGUCAUUUUCCUUUUCGCAUUUCCAAUUUGCACUAUAUGACAUGU